AUGCCGCGACGCAACCGCUGCACGGGCGAGCUCGAGCACCCGAACGGGUGCACCGCGAGCGCGUACGUCGUCUCCUCCGUCCUCGCGCUCGUCCUCGUCCUCGGCGUUCCGCUCGCGCACGUGAUGUUCUUCGUCGACGCCUCGCCCGGGCCGACCGAUCGAUGCGCGAUCGCGUCCGGGGUCGACGUCGAGACGCACGCGGCGGCGAUGGCGCUGUACUAUCGCUACGAGAUCGUGGACAACGUCGAGUGCACGUUCGAGACGGAGAUCUUGCGCGGGUGCGUCGCGGACGACGCCGCCGUGCUGCGGUUUCCGAGGUACCCGCCCGGCGCGCUCCGCGCGAAAAACGUCCGCGACGUGCGCGACGAGGCGAAGCGAUCGAUCGACGCGUACGUCGACGCCGCGGACGCGGACGGCGUCGAGGGCGGCGACGACGUGAAGUGCGAGAAGCCCGCGGCGAGCUUGGCGCCGACGCUGACGCGCGUCGCGUCCGAGCCGUACCUCACGGCGCUGAGCGGCGUCGCGCCCGUCUUCGCCGCGUUCGCGGCGGCGGCGGCGGACGCGUCGUCGUCCGCGUCGGUGUCCUUCGUCGACUACGCGUGCGUCGCCGCGGUGGACCGCGCGAUAACGCUCAUCGACGAGGCGUUCGCGGCCAACGGCGCGAGCGCUCCGCCGGACCUCAGCGCGCGCGUCGUCGCGUUCUUCGCGGGAUUGAGUGAAGAGGAACGCCCGCAGCUGUGCGCGAUCGCGGUGACGGACGCGUCGCCGUGCGAAGAGAGGGACACGGACGUCGGGAGCCUGAAGGGGAGCGACCUCGGGUUCGGGCGGUGCGACUUCGUCGAGUUCGCGGACGUCGCGUGA